UCGCCAUGGGGUUUUAUGGAAGAUUUUCGGGAAGCCAUAUAUGGAUUUGCUUUAUUUCCCAAUGGAUCUUCGUCGGAGCCUUCAAUUUAGACACAGAUAAUAUACUGAGAAAGGAUGGAGAUCCCGGGAGUUUGUUUGGAUUCUCUCUCGCAAUGCACCGGCAGCUGAUGCCUUCGGACAAAAGAAUGCUGCUGGUGGGAGCUCCCAGAGCCAGAGGCUUGGAGCUACAGAUGGCCAACGUCACUGGAGGCCUGUACAGCUGUGACAUCACUUCCCAUUCAGAUGACUGCCACCGCGUUGAUUUUGACAAUGAAGCUGACAUCAGGGUGGAGAGCAAGGAGAACCAGUGGAUGGGGGUGACGGUGCAGAGCCAGGGCCCAGGGGGCAAGGUGGUGACUUGUGCCCACCGAUACCAGAGGCGGUUCUUUGGAAACACGGCUCAAGAUUCACACGAUAUCAUUGGUCGAUGCUAUGUCCUGAGCCAGGACCUAACCAUCGACUUACAAUCGGAUGAGGACGGUGGCAGCUGGAAGUUCUGUGAGGGUCGAGCGAGAGGUCACGAGAAGUUCGGCUCUUGUCAGCAGGGUCUAGCUGCUACCUUCACCAAAGAUUACCACUAUGUGAUCUUUGGAGCCCCUGGAGCCUAUAACUGGAAAGGCAUCAUACGGGCCGAGCAGAAGAACAACACCCUGCUGGAUAUGGGCAUUUACGACGACGGGCCUUACGAGGUUGGCGAUGAAAGCCGACUGGAUGCAGCACUUGUGCCAGUGCCUGCAAACAGUUACCUGGGCUUCUCACUGGACUCUGGUCACAGCAUCACCAGGAGGGGCGAGCUGACUAUCGUGGCGGGGGCCCCGAGGACCAAUCACAGCGGAGCGGUGGUGCUGCUGAGGAAGGAAGGCGAGGCGUCCACCAUGCUCUCCCCAGAGUACAUCCUGGAAGGACCCGGACUCGCAUCCUCCUUUGGCUACGAUGUGGCAGUGGUGGACCUCAACAAUGAUGGGUGGCAGGACAUUGCUGUGGGAGCUCCGCAGUUUUUCCUGAAGGACAGUGAAAUAGGGGGAGCUGUGUACGUGUACAUCAACAAGGCUGGCAGGUGGAACGACAUCACCCCAGUCCGUCUGGAUGGAAAGAAAUACUCCAUGUUUGGCUUGGUGGUGCAAAACAUUGGUGAUCUUAAUCUGGACACCUAUCAAGAUAUUGCAGUUGGGGCUCCCUACGAUGACGAGGGGGCAGGAAGAGUGUAUAUUUACCACGGCUCCGCUAAUGGAAUCAUCAGCGAACCCGCACAGGUCCUGGAAGGGAGACAACACAAUAUUAUGACAUUUGGCUAUUCCCUGGCUGGUAACAUGGACCUGGAUGUCAAUUCCUACCCAGAUAUUGCUGUUGGGUCCCUCUCUGAUGCUGUGUUUAUUUAUAGGUCCAGGCCAGUCAUUAGCAUCAAAAAGGAGGUGUCUGUUUCCCCAAAGGAGAUCGAUCUGACCAAGAAAACCUGCGGGAACAGCAUAUGUCUUACAGUUGAAGCCUGCUUUUCCUACAAAGCCAACCCCUCCACCUACAGCCCUAAAAUCACUAUUUCGUACUCGUUUGAGGCUGAAUCGGAGCGGCGGAAGCAAGGGCUUCCAUCCAGAGUAACAUUCCUAGAUAAGCUGUCGUCUGAUCAAGACUUCCAGUCCACCGGAACUCUGGAACUGCGAGGACAGAACAAGAGGGCGUGCUUCCGACCCAAACUCAAACUGAAGGACAGCAUCAAGGAUAAGCUGAGGGCCAUCCCUAUCGAGGUGUCUGUGGCUGUCAAGAGCAGUGGCAAGCGAGGCAAGAGGCAGAACGCUCUACCUUCACUCGUCCCUGUCAUGAACUCCUCCGACUCCAGAAAAGUCCUCACUGAGGUGCACUUCUUGAAGGAAGGAUGUGGAACUGACAACAUCUGCCAGAGCAAUCUGCAGCUGAAAUACCGAUUCUGCUACCGAGAGGGCAAUCAGGAUGUCUUUCCACCUCUGCCUUUGCAAAAUGAUAUCCCGCUGAUCUCCCUGAGCGACCAGAAGGACAUCGCUCUGGAGCUGACGGUGACCAACAGGGGUGGAGAUGACGCGCACGAGGCCAAGCUGGUGGGGAUGUUCCCCAGCUCCGUCUCCUACUCAGGCUUCCGCUCACAGAAGACAGGGGACAAGCAAGUGAUCUGCACAGCCAACCAAAAUGGCUCCCAAGCAGACUGUGAAAUUGGCAAUCCAUUCAAACGAGAUGCUGAGUUGAAAUUCUACAUCAUAUUGAGCACUGCUGGCAUCUACCUCAACACCACAGAAAUUGGAAUUAACCUUCUUCUUGAAACAACCAGUCAACAAGAGAAGCCCAUGAAAGUGGAGGCCAAAGCAAAAGUUGUGAUUGAACUGAUGCUGUCUGUUUUUGGGGUUCCACAACACACCCAAGUGUACUUUGGGGGAGAUAUCAAAGGAGAAAGUGCUAUGAAGUCUGGGGAGGACAUCGGCCAUCUGAUUAAACACGAGUUCAGAAUCACCAACUUGGGGAAGCCCUUGAAGUCAUUUGGCACAGCGUCACUGAACAUUCAGUGGCCUAAGGAGAACUCAGUGGGGAAGUGGCUUCUCUACCUCAUGAAGAUCGAGACAUCCGGCCUGGAUCAGGUCACCUGUUCCCCAGCCAGCGAAGUGAACCCUCUCAGAUUACCUGAUGAAUCCAUUAUUCGGCAAAAGCGUGAGGCCAAGGAGCGUAAGCGAAAGGAAGCGGGAGGCCUCCAGUCCCUGUUUGUCGAAAAAAGAAAAUAUAAAACACUGACCUGUCAGAAUGGAGCCAGAUGUGUGGAGUUCAAGUGCCCCCUGCAGGGCUUGGAUAGUGAUGCAGUCAUCGUGCUAACAUCACGUCUCUGGAACUCCACAUUCCUUGAGGAUUAUGCUUCUCUCAGUUAUCUGGAUCUGAGUAUCAAAGCAUCAAUAAGCCUGGACGUAGCAGCACAGAACAUUGUCAUGAGGAAUGCACACACUGAGUUGAAAAUCACAGUGUUCCCAGAGAAGACGAUGGCCCUGUACAGUGGCGUCCCCUGGUGGAUCAUUCUGGUAGCAGUGCUGGCCGGCAUCCUCAUGCUGGCUCUUCUCGUCUUCCUGCUAUGGAAGUGCGGUUUCUUCAAGCGAGCCCAAAAAGACCAGUUUGAUGCGGCAUAUCACAAGGCUGAGGUCCACGUUCAGCCGUCAGAUAAAGACAAAUCCACAGCUGAGGCUUAGUGCCUCACCUUGGGUGUGGAUUUUUCAAGCAUGCAGAAUAUGAAGACACUGUGCCAAGAUACAGCGCUGUGCGUAUAAGGAAAGGCCCUCGGCAGCCGAAGGACGGCAAGAUCCACCUCAGCCCCUUGGAGAAGAAACAGUGGAUGAUCACAUGGAACGACAAUGAAAGUUACUCCUAAACAAAAUAGUCAAACAACUAUUACGGUGCUCCUCUGGAGGUCCUGGAGCCAUAACUAUAAUGGCACCUGGCUUUUUCAUCGUCUUUUAUUCUUUUGCACAUGUGGAAGUGAUAUUUCAAACGGCCCAAAUUGUGUGUAUAUCACAGAUAAUGGGCACAGUGCAGGAAUUCCAGGGGGAAAAGUUGCUCUUCCGCCAUGGAAACUCAGAGGGAACAACACGUGUAUCAUACUGAACUGUGUCUUAUGGAUGCAACAAGCCUCUUACAUCUUACAUCUCAGGCUUGUGACAUUGCAACAAGCCUCUUACAUUGUGUAACCGAACAGUGUCCUGCACCUUGUGAUAUACUGUAUGUCAUAUCUGCUCAAUGACAGACUGGGAGAAAUGUCUUUUGUAUAUAUUUAUUUUUUAGUACACUUUAUAUUUAUUUGUUUUCAAGACAUGUCAAUGCAUUUUAUUUGCCAAAGAAUUGUCGAUUAUGCUUUUAUUCAAGCUGAAAAUCUGGAGAGAAGUAUGCAGCGUGUGUCAAUGUUGCCAAGUGCAUUACCAAGCCUUAGACCCCUUUAAAUAAAAAAAGUGAACUGAAUUGAAAUGUACUAAACAGUACAAUGUAUAGACAGUAUAAUGUGUGAGUGAAGUCCCUUUGUGUUGACUUUGCACUUGUCACAUAGGCAAUCAAGUGAGGCAAUGCUUGUCAAAAUCUGCACACUGUUACAGAGUUGGACGUAUUGUCUGGAUUGUAAAUUGAACACCAAACGUGUGUUUUGAAAAGUGAGUUAUCGUUUAACUGUGAAGGUAGGAUGCUGUAUAUAGACACUGUUAUGGAUUAUUGGCAAAACUGACGAUAUAUAUGCUUUGAUCAUCAGGUACAAAGUAGCCUAUGUUUACAGACUCUUAUGUACUUUGUAAUUGUGCAACUACUGGGUUGUUGGUGAUGAAUAAGUUCAUCAAUGUUUUAUUUUAUGUAGAGGAUUCUACAUUCAUUUGAAACAAAACAUCAAAGGGAAACAUGGAUGCAUGCUCUCCGAGAACAUUUUCGGAGUUAUUUCAAAUGCAGAAAAGGAAAAUAGCCAAGUCAACAAUCCGAGAAUAUUUUCGGAGUUAUUUCAAAUGCAAAAAAGGAAAAUAGCCAAGUCAACAAUAAAAAAGCAAACAAGUCAAAUAGCAGGUUUACUAAUGCACAGUAUUUGGAAUGAAGAAUGCAAGUAGGCACAGUUGUGUGAAUUUGGUGCGAGAAGGGUGCUACAGUAUGUGUCUGGUCUGGAUAGGUUUGUACAGUGAGCUUGAGAUCAGGGGUGCAUUUCUCAAAACCGAAGUUGCUUACUAUAUUAUCUACUUUGUUGUUUUCAAUGCAUUUUCCCAUUGGCAACUACCGAAGUUGCUAACAGACUAACAACUUCUCUUUUGAGAAAUGCACCCCAGAUUUUUUAUAGUGUUGUAUUAUGUGCAUAAUAUUGAAGCGCAAGACAAACAUGGGCAUGAUCAAUGAUGGAUGGACUGAUGAUGGUGCACAAACAAACUGCACAGUGUUUUCAUGUGCUUUCCAAAUUAAUUAUCACCUUGUCUAAAAGUGUUAUCACUGGCAUAUUUCACAUGUUCAGUCAGGAAACUGCAAGAUG